UCAAAUCAAAUGUCGUCAAAAGUUCGAAGGUUCGAUUCAUGAUUUGCAAUAAUUUGUAUUAAUUGACCGAUAAAAUAAUAAUCUAAAUACUGAGUGGACGAUGAUUUCAUGAAUUAAAAUAUUAGCUUAGUCUCGACCCCGAUUCAAUUCAUCAUUUUAAUUUAUUUAUCUGACGCAACCCGUCGUAGACUAACGCACGUAAACCAUUGUGUACAUUUAUUUAUUUUGUUGUUAAUUUUUUCUAAUAAAUUUUGUGCGGUGUAGUUGUUGUUUUGUUUGCCUGCUUUUUUGUUAUUGUUUUUAAUAACUAAUUAUGGUAGAAUUCCAAGGACUGUUCAUAUGUGUGCCUCUUUACACUGCUGGGGUGCUAAUACUAGGUGCUUCAUUGUCUGCAAGUCUGUUUGUAUUCCAUGUAGCUGUAGUACCACUUAUCUUCAAAUAUUCAAAGGGCUUUAGAAGAAAUCUAGUUUUUGCUAAUUUUGUACAAUGGCCGCCCAACACGGACUUCGAGGAGCCGAUCGCAUCUGGUAUCGAGGGAGCGCGCAACCUUAGCAUCGAGUACCAGUCCAAAGUAGACAAGUGCAAUGUCAAGAUUGGUAUCUGGCACAUUCUCCCAAAGACAGCGUAUGAGCGGCUGAAGGGUAAUUUCGAGAGCAGCACGGACCGGGAGGAGCUGAACAAAAUACUUGAUGACGAGCUCACCAAGUCUAAGAAUCCUGUCGUACUGUACUGUCAUGGCAACUCGAACAACCGAGCAGCGUGGCACAGGAUACAGCUGUACAAGUUCUUCCAGAAGAUGGAAUUUCACACAAUCGCCUUUGAUUACAGAGGGUACGGCGACUCGACCAACAUACGUCCGACGGAGGCGGGCGUGGUCGAGGACUCGCUCGUUGUAUACGAGUGGUUGCUCAGUACGCUCGGCGGCAGUAACAAGCUGUUCGUAUGGGGACACUCGCUCGGUACAGCAAUAUCAUCUCAUCUAUUAGGCAAUCUACAAGAGCUGUCAGUGACACUACUAGAAAGAUCUACCCCCCUCCCGCUACCCAGAGGUCUAAUAUUGGAAGCACCCUUCAAUAACUUGGCUGAUGAAGUCGCUAAGCAUCCAUUGUCGAAGUUAGUUACCUGGCUCCCGUACUACGACUGGACAUUCGUGGACCCGUUUCGUAGUAAUAAAGAACAAACGUUCAAAUCUGACGAGUAUCUAGUGAAAGUGAGGUCUCUGCCCAUACUCAUACUGCAUGCUAAGGAUGAUGUUAUCGUGCCUUUCGUGGUGGGACUGAGAUUAUACAGAUCGAUAUUACAAUCUCGGAGUACAGACGACGCGAUGAUCAAGUUGCAUGCGUUUGAAAAGAAGGAAGAUCUCGGCCACAAGGGGAUCUGUACUGCUGCUGAUCUACCUAACGUUUUGGGGGAAUUCGUAAAUCAUCACCUACAGUGAUGUCAAACAAGUUCAAAUGAUGGUAUACGCCUUCAAUUCUGAAAAUCAUGAUAUUACUUACACGUAACAUUACGCCCGUUUCUCUUUAAAGCGACAGACAGGAGUAAAAAAUAUACUCAUUUUUUGACAAAUAGUUGGGCUUUAACUAUAUAACUCUGCUGUUCUCUUCAAGGUAAAAUGGCGUGAUGGUAUGUUUAUACUUGUACUCUAUAAGCAUGUUCCUAAUAUUAUAUUUAAAAAAUAAAACUUUGCUAUAUGUACCAAUUGAAAAUGAACUUUCAAUGUAUGUUAGUAAGCUAUAAAAUCCUUAGAAUUGUCUACAAAAGCCUAAAGUCUGGAUUUGUGCCUAAAUAAGCCUAACAAUUCGAAUAAUUAAUAGAUUUUAAACCGUCACUUUUGGUUCCUAUCAAGUUACUGUAGAUUUCGCGUUCUAUACCCCAGUGAGGUAAAAAAAACGUUUCUUGUUGGCUUAUUUAUUACUCAAACUGUCAAUAAUAAUAUUAAUCACUGUUUCUUAAUACAAAUUUGACCAUAGUACAAUGUAAAUGAUAUUUAUAAAUAAUGCUAUAAUAUGACGUAAUAUUAACAAACUGCACCAUCACUUUCGGGGAAAACCGGCUCCCCGAAAAUGAUGACAAUCAAAAGGUUCUAACGAUUGGUUUGGGAUACUUCUGGUAUUGCGUUGAUCGUAUAUCAUCAAGCUAUGUUCCUCUCGAUAGUAUAGAAAAGCAAUAAUAUGUAUGACCAAUAUGUUACCAACAAUAUAAAUAUUUGUGCUAAAUCCUAAAUAAUAGGAUAGCAAAGCGUGCCUCUUUAUCACGCUUGCACGCCUAAAUAGCUUUUCUUCCUUGCAUUCUUUAUUUUUAACUCCUAUACAAUCACUAAUUCCCCAAAAUAGUCUCUAAACAUCGGAAAUAAGGUCUAUAAUGAAGUUAGUAGAGGGAGGUCACCGGUGACCGCUUGGGGAUUGAUUAGUUAACUAGGAUUUUACAUUCAAACUCAAUGGAUGAUUAUUUUCCACUUCUUCACGCAAAUUAAGCUAUUCACAAAAGCAAGUAGUCUUAGAAAGAACUACUUGAAAUGAAUAGGUCAAGAUGGCCGCUAAUUUCAAACUCCUAAUAUUAAUUAGAAGACAGUUGUUAGCAUUGAUUGUAAUGUGACUGAUGAACAGAAGGUCUUAGGUUGUUUUAUGGGUUUAACAAGUUCAAAUGGUUUUACAAUAAAUUUUCAAUAUGAGAGUUCAUAGAAACUUAUUAAAACUAUUGACUUUCUGAGAAAGCAAGAUUGUCAUGAUAUUUACUAAUUGUUGAUUUAGUUAAUGGUCACAAAGUUUUCAUCACAAAUACUAUAUUUAUUCAAUAGUAGUCAAAUUCUUAGCUCGUGACAGUCCAUUCCUAGACUUCGGGCCUUCUAGAGUGAGUUUGCUAUUAUAAUCUCUUUUUUUUUGUAUUGUAACUUUCGUGAAUAUGAGCCUCUAGCAUGGCUGGAAACUAGUCGAGUUCCUCGUCAAAUUAUUACGUGAGUGAGCCGAAAACAUAAUAAUUUAUUAUAAUCUCCUUUCUAUGUAUGCUGGUUUGGAGAUCGUAGUUAAAAAAGUUCAGAUUUUUUAGAGCGACACUACCCAAUCAAAUGUGACAUCCUUUAGUCGGUUUGUAUAAAAUCCGCUGUAGGAGUAGGGAUGAUGACAGUGUGUCUGUAUUCAUCUCUAUCUACGAUCACAACACGUCUUAGAUUUAGAAAAUAAAAUCUUGGGAUAAUAGAAUCAGUAGUAAUACCUAAAUUCGCGUCUGAACUAUGCUAUAUAGGAAAGGGUGCUUUUCUAAGUCAAAAAUGAGUGGUUUUGAUUCAUCCCAUGCACAGAAACAAAAAAUAAGUAUGAUAUUUUACUCAAAAAAAUAUGGCGUCGUUACUAACAUUCUGUACACAAUUCAAGUUAAAGCAGAAAUAAGACAAAAUGCCUAUGAGGUGUUUUAGUUGGUCUAACAUUAAAAAAAACUUAAGUAUUGUGUUUGACUACUAGGAAAGUACUCUACAAGAAUUUGUAGGAACACAUGUAUCGAUGUCAUGCGACGGAUGCCUUUUCGUG